AAAUUACAAAGAAGGAAAAGAAAAAGAAAACGCUCACACACAAUCUCGAUUUUUGAUAUUCUAAUGGCGGGUAAAGGCGAAGGUCCAGCAAUAGGUAUCGAUCUCGGUACUACCUACUCCUGCGUCGGCGUGUGGCAGCAUGACCGCGUCGAGAUCAUCGCCAACGAUCAAGGCAACCGCACAACUCCUUCCUACGUGGCUUUCACCGACAGCGAGCGUCUCAUAGGAGAUGCUGCGAAGAAUCAAGUCGCUAUGAACCCUACCAACACCGUCUUUGAUGCUAAGCGUCUUAUUGGCAGAAGAUUCAGCGACCCCUCUGUGCAAGCAGACAUGAGACACUGGCCAUUCAAGGUCAUCUCCGGUCCAGCCGAGAAGCCAAUGAUCAGCGUCAACUACAAGGGAGAAGAGAAACAGUUCUCCGCAGAAGAAAUCUCCUCCAUGGUCCUCACCAAAAUGCGCGAGAUAGCAGAAGCAUACCUCGGCACAUCCAUCAAAAACGCCGUCGUCACGGUCCCCGCCUACUUCAACGACUCUCAGCGUCAAGCCACAAAGGACGCUGGAGUCAUCUCUGGCCUCAACGUGAUGCGUAUCAUCAACGAACCUACAGCUGCUGCUAUUGCCUACGGUCUCGACAAGAAGGCGUCGAGCGUUGGUGAGAAGAACGUGCUUAUAUUCGACUUGGGAGGUGGGACUUUCGAUGUCUCUCUUCUCACGAUUGAGGAAGGGAUCUUCGAAGUGAAGGCGACGGCUGGUGACACUCACCUCGGAGGUGAGGACUUCGACAACAGAAUGGUUAAUCACUUCGUCCAAGAGUUUAAGAGGAAGCACAAGAAGGACAUCACGGGUAACCCGAGAGCUCUCCGCAGGCUGAGAACAGCCUGCGAGAGAGCGAAGAGGACUCUCUCUUCCACCGCGCAGACUACGAUAGAGAUUGACUCUCUCUACGAAGGGAUCGACUUCUACACUACUAUUACUCGCGCGAGGUUCGAGGAGCUCAACAUGGAUCUGUUCAGAAAAUGUAUGGAGCCGGUGGAGAAGUGUCUGAGAGACGCUAAGAUUGAUAAGAGCAACGUCCACGACGUGGUGCUCGUCGGCGGGUCCACCAGGAUCCCUAAAGUGCAGCAGCUUCUCCAAGACUUCUUCAACGGGAAGGAGCUUUGUAAGAGUAUUAACCCCGACGAGGCCGUCGCUUACGGCGCGGCGGUCCAGGCUGCGAUCUUGACCGGUGAAGGGAACGAGAAGGUUCAAGAUUUGCUGCUUCUUGACGUCACUCCUUUGUCGUUGGGCUUGGAGACUGCCGGUGGUGUUAUGACGGUUUUGAUCCCCAGGAACACGACGAUUCCGACAAAGAAGGAGCAGAUCUUCUCUACUUACUCGGACAACCAGCCUGGUGUGUUGAUCCAAGUCUACGAAGGAGAGAGAGCGAGGACAAAAGACAACAAUCUUUUAGGGAAGUUCGAGCUCAGCGGCAUCCCUCCUGCGCCGCGUGGUGUCCCUCAGAUCACCGUCUGUUUCGACAUCGACGCUAACGGCAUCCUCAACGUCUCGGCGGAGGAUAAGACUACUGGACAGAAGAACAAGAUUACCAUCACUAACGAUAAAGGGAGGCUGUCAAAGGAGGAGAUUGAGAAGAUGGUGCAAGAAGCGGAGAAGUAUAAAGCUGAGGAUGAGGAGCAUAAGAAGAAGGUUGAUGCCAAGAAUGCGUUGGAGAACUAUGCGUACAAUAUGAGGAACACGAUCAAGGAUGAGAAGAUUGCGUCUAAGCUUGAGGCGGCGGAUAAGAAGAAGAUUGAGGAUGCGAUUGAUCAGGCGAUUGAGUGGUUGGAUGGGAACCAGUUGGCUGAGGCUGAUGAGUUUGAGGAUAAGAUGAAGGAGCUGGAGUCGCUUUGUAAUCCGAUUAUUGCGAGGAUGUAUCAAGGUGGUGCUGGUGGCGAUAUGGGUGCUGGAGGGAUGGAUGAUGAUGUUCCUGCUGGUGGAAGUGGUGGUGCUGGACCUAAGAUUGAAGAAGUUGAUUAAGUGUUCCAGCUUUGUUGUUUUGUGAGCUUUUGCUUUAAUCCUUAUGUUUUGUUUGCUUGCUGUUU